AUGAAGCAGAAUAAAAUUCGCCUGGAACCUAGACCAAAAGUGGCAUAUUUAUUAUUCUGUUUGAUAUUUUUUCUGUGUUUUAUUCAUGGAUGCCUUACUGUGAAAGAAGAAACAAAGAAAUUGGAUAUUAUACAAGAUGAAGCGCCCAAACCAGCCCCGGUGUUGGUGGGAAAAUCACAGAGCUCCAAGAAGGAUGUAAAUUUUCCAUUAAAAGGAGAUGUACCCCCUACUGAAUGUCCCGAGAAAGACAAAGAAUGUGAAAAGGAUAAAUUAGGCUACGACGCUAUACGGCUGCUCCAUCUGUUGAUAGAUGACGACCACAAUGGAAACGUUGACCAGUCGGAAAGCGACGAG